AUGGAAUCAACCAACUUUGAAUCUAAAUCGCUGAAGCAUAGAGGGAAGGAUGAGAAGAUGACGAUUAAAAUGAAUCAAAAUCAAAUUAUCGUAGUGCUUGAGCCAUCAGAUUUAUAGCAAGCUAUGAAAUUAUAGAUCGAAUAGAUUAAGGACAAGGCAGCUAAAAAAAAUUAUAAUUGGGAAAUCUUUGAUAUAAAGCAGGUAAAAUGGGUAACAUAACUAAGGAAAUCGGAGCAGGUACAUUUGGGUAAGUAUUUGCGUCAUUGGAUUAAAAGACAGGAAAGAAAUACGCUCUAAAAUUUAUUGGUUAUGACGAUGAAAGUGAUUAGGAUCAGGAAUUCAUGGCAGCUGUCAGAGAAAUUGUUAUUAUGCAGACAUUAUCUUAAACUAAUUGUUAGGGGUUGCUUAAGAUUUAUGAUAUCUAUCCUUGCAUAAAGGAUGAUAAUAAGUUUCUAGUGAUUGUUAUGGAAUUGUAUAAUUCAAGGUAAGGAUAGAAGAGAAUAAAACCAAAUGGACUGAUGAAGAGUUGUUGUAUAUCUUAUAUUAGUUGGUUAAAGGUUUUUCAAUUAUGAAGAAACACAACGUCACUCAUCGUGAUAUAAAACCUUAAAAUAUCCUAUAUUGCGAAGCAGACAAAUCUUACAAAAAUGCUGAUUUGGGAGGUGCUAAAUUUCUGAAACCAAAAUAAACUUAAUUAAAUACAGUUCGUGGGUCUCCAGCUUAUUGGGCUCGUAUUUAAUAAUUAAUAAUUUCAUUUAGCUGAGAUUUAUUUUUUUUGUGAUUUGCAAAAGGACAAGGAUGGUUGUUUCUUUGUAGGUAAAUAACAUUUAAACUAUGAUCCUUAUACUUCUGAUGUCUACUCGGUUGGAAUAACCUUUUUAUUAAUGCGUAAAUUAGUUCCAGGAUUAGAUAGAGAAUCUCUAAGAUUUGAAGUUGAAAUACUUAGGAAAUUGAAAUCACCAUCUAUUUUUGAAUAGAUACUGAUUAAAAUGUUAGAAUAUGAUGAUCAAAAGCGCGUUUCUUUUGACGACUUAUUAUAACUCAUUUCCUCUUAUAAAGAUCUAUUCAAGAAACCUAAUGAAGAUGUAUUCGUUAACUGCUUGAAAACAUAAUAGGAUAAAAAAGUAAAUCAUACUAAAAAUGUUAGAAUUUGAGUGUUUAAGAUUUAAUGAUGAGAGAGGUCAAAUUAGGUGAAUCAUAUAAAAAUUGAAUUUGCCUGAACAUGCUAAAUCUCACAAUGAAUUAGCAUUGAAACAUGCUAUCAAAUUAUCCAAGGAUAGUGCCAAGGCUGAUA